GGACUGUUUUCUGCCACACGACGAGUGAGUUGUUCGCCUCCAACCCGGUUGGUUCCAACCCAGAAACCACAUUCUGCGCGCGUCCUGGACGCACAAAGGAGCGCGCUGUGGGUCCGGAUGCAGAGUGGAAAAAACAUCUCAAUUUCCUCUUUUAAACAUAAUUAACUGACACUGAAGUCGCAACCAGAAUGCGAGGCUGAAGAAGACAAUUAUUUGGAGAUAUUUUUUUCUCUCUCUCUCUUUCGUUAUUUAUUUAUUUUUUGGAUUUAAAACUUGGCGAUGGAUGAGCAAGAGGCUCCGUUAGACUUCCAGGCGCUGAGGGCCAAGUUCCAGGACAAAGAAUUCCUGCUGGGGCCGCCGAAGCACAAACCUGUUGUCCCUGAGAAGCCAAAGGUCAUCCCUCCUCCCCUUAGCCCCACACAGCACCUUCCCCCUGGUGCACGCCCCUCCCUGAUCUCCUCCAUCAACCAGGCCUUGGAAUCAAAGUCGAUCAAUGGCCCCAAUGUGGUAUUCAAGGAUGAGAACAAGGACAGCAAGAAGAUUUUUGGCCAUGGUAACUCAAAACCCAAAGACAAAUCUGAUGGGAAGACAAAGGAAAGCAAGGAGAAGUUGAAUGAAUCCUCAUUGCCUCACAAGGAGAAGAACGGAAAGAAGCUUCCGCUCUUUGGGACACAGAAGGAGAGCACAGCCGAGCAGGAGCCAGCCUCGCUUCCUCCGAAGGCCAAAACACACAAGAAGAAGAAUAUUCUGGGUUUCAUGAAGUCUUCCAAGAAGGAUCCAGCAGGGACCUCAGCUGACUCAAUCCUAGACUCUCCAAGCGUGAACCUUCCUGGAGCUACACCGCUGAUCCCAUUGGCUUCUGAUGCUGACGAGGAGGAGUCUAUAUACUCGGUACCGAAGCAGAUCCCACGAAAGAUCACCAUCCCUGAAUCCAAUGCUACAGCGGACCAGACACCCCUCUCUCCAAUUCCCGACCCUCCCGACUUCUCUCCUCCGCCUGCCAUGAUCCCAGCUACCCCAGCUUUCAAAAUCCCACCACCACAGAGUGGAACCCCACCUCAGCUUGAAAGUCCUGCUUUGUCAGUUUCUGACCUGCCCGGCCAAAACCAAAUUGUUCCCAUUCCUUCCACUGACGCUCCCCGUCGCCCAACCAUUCCUGCUCCCUCUUCUCCACUUGCAAGUCCCUCCUCUCUAACCGUUGUGACUCCCUCCCCUUCAGAUGUCGUGGAUCCUUCUCCUCCAUCCACUGCUCCUCUUUCCCCUCCACCCAGAGCUGUCUGUGACUCACCCGCAGCUAUUUUAUCUCCUCCACCGAGUUUUGCCAACUGUGAUCCUUUCCCCAAGUUCUCUGCUCCCUCCACCGAGCUCCAGACAGUAGCUGGUUCUGACGUGGAGGUGGCACUUUCAGCUGCAGUGGAAGCGAUGGACUCUUCUCCUUCCAAACAAGAACGUCCCAUCUCUGCCCUGUCCGCCCUGGGGAGGGCGGAGGACAUGAAUAGUGGGAAGAGAACCCCUCCGAAUGACCAAAGGAUCUUAAGUGCUCUAGAGAAGGUGCGCAAGAAGACCUCCAGCCCCAUGUCUAGCCCCACUCCUCCACCCGAAGACUUUCCAUCUCACCUGAAUCCCGCCCUCAGCGAUGCCGAGUUCCCGCCCUUCGAGGAUGAGGGAAAGAAACUCCCGUCAAUCAAAGCAGACGUUAACGGCCCUGAUCACAGGGCAGCUUCUCCGGCAUUGCAAAGCCUCGUGGAGGAGGGGUCUAACCCUCCUCUAGUUGCAGUCGCUGCUCCUCCACCCAGAGAUGUUCUACCAGAACGAAAGGCUCCAGAGAAACCCAAAAGACCUCAGUCUGCCAACUUGAGUCAAUACAUCCCCCCUACUCCUAUUAUACCUCAAGAGAUACCGGUUCCACUUGAGUUUUCAGAGGCCGAAGUCGCAGACGUUCCAGGAUUUGAGGAUUUGGAGGAUGUCUACAGCCCGGAGCUGCCGGUGUCCGAUCGUGGGAAUGAGGAGCACAUGGGUCCCGACGUUCCAGACGAACCAACCCAGGCAGAGUUUUAUGGCAACGGGACAACUCAUCCAGAAACAGAGGGCCAGACUAAAACAGCAUAUGGAGAAAUUAAGCUGGACACUCCUCUGCAGGAACAAUCCCUAAAACCCGCUGAGGACCCUCAAGUACAACUCCAAAACAUCUACGAAAGCAACGACGACGUGUACGAGUCCAUUAACAUCAGCUCCAGCAAAAAGAAGGCGAAGAGCGGCAAUGGCAAGAAACGCAAAGAGGCCCCAAAAAAUCCAUAUGUGGAGACUGGACAGGAAACGUUUCAGGAGAAAACCAAGACGAGCAGGUUCGGCAGGAGCGAGAAGAAGCACGCCUCAGAAAAGCCGGAUGAGAAGGAGCUGAAGAAGAAGGAGAAGCAGCGGCUGGAGAAGGAGAAGAAGGAGCUGAAGGAGAGGCAGGAGCGGGAGAAGAAAGAGCAGAAGGAGAGGGAGAAGAAGGAGAACGAGAUGAAGAAAAAAUUCAAUGUCACAGGGCAGGAGGAAGCCAUGUACCAGGCAAAGGUAAAGGUCACCACGAAGGGCCGUAAGCACGAUCUGCCCGUCAAGAGCGGCGACGUCAUCAGCAUCAUCCGAACCACCGAGUGCCCCAAGGGGAAGUGGCUGGCCAGGGACGGCAGCAACACCUACGGGUACGUUUCUGUGGAUCACGUGGAGAUGGACUUUAAGGAGAUUUUGGAGCUGGGCAAGAAGACUCCCCGCAACAGCGCCGUCAUCGAGACCGAAGCCACCCCGGACGGCAAGGUGCUGAAUCACUUCAGUCGUUCGCCGGAAAGCUUCUCGGAUGACAGCGAGGAGUGGACCUGUGACGACGAAACGCUCUCACCCAACCCCGAAGCUUCUGACCACUUGCCAGGGAUUCACAUACAGACUUUCUCCAUGCCAGAGAUGGGAAACCAGCACCUCGACAUAAGCCACCAGCACAGUCACAGUGAAAGCCCUCAGAUCCAAGCGAGACAAGAAGCACUUCACAAGUUGGCGACAUUCUUCAGCUCUUCAAAAUCUGUGGAUCCGGUUCCAAGUGAGGCCAAACUAGAAAGGAGGAGUCCUACCCCUCUGCAGGAAGAAGCUGCUAGUGCGCCACAGGAAAGUUCAACUCAGGAGACAGAGUUUGACCCGUCGGCCGUCAUUUUACCUCCUCCUGACAUGUACGCAGACUCUAUUCCGGACUCAUCGCUGUAUAGCGAGCAAAUCAAAACUCUCCCGCGUUGACCAGGAUCUUCCUACCAUGUCAAGCUGCAGCCAUGUGAUCCUUGGCCAAAAAAAAACAAAAAACGGCAUCUUCCCGACUUUGAUAUUUAUCUGAGAACCGCAAAUAUGGAUCAAUACACUGAGGCGUGAACCAUGCAAAUGGAUUUGUUACUGCUGUUCCUUGAAGAUGUUGGUGUGAGGAUUCUUUACGUUGGACCUUGAUGAAGUCUCCUUUUCUCAAGAGAAGACAUAAAAGCGACAAUAAAAAUCUUGACAGACAGACACAGGCUGGACAAUACCAGAAAAGUACAACUUGUGGUGGAAGUAAAGGAUUAAACUGUAGUUUUUCUACUUUUCUAUGCAAACUAAGGGAAGUCUUGCAUUCAACUUUUCUUCAGAUUAACUGUCAAUCCAAAGUUGGAUCACAGCUCAAAUAACCCAACAAGAGCCCGAAUCUUUUGAAGCAUGAAGCGUCAAGAAAAGUAGGAUCGUUCUUCUCUAUAGAAGUCUCAGGGUUUGCUGCAAGGGACUGAAUAUUUGUAAUGAGCCAAGACAUAAAUAACCACCUUCUGCUUUCUCCAACAAUUUUAAGUUUCCACAGAAUUAUCCAGAACUGGUCAGUUUAAUUUCCAAGUGUUUGAAUCACUGUUUGUUUGUUUGUUUUUAACUUUACAGGGAUCUUUUUCUUCAGAUAACCACUGUAGCUUGUUUAAGAAUGUGUAUCUAUUGUUGCUGUGAUAUUUAAAUAAUCACUGAUGUAGAAAAGAAUAGUUUUUUUAUUUUGAAGAGCGAUUCAAUGAAGUUAUCAGUAACAGUUCCCUCAGCCAUAGUAGAAAGGUCAGUGUGGCGCUGGAAAGUUGCCUGUUUAGAUUGCAAAAAUUUGCUAAGCCUGGGUUAGCUACUAGCUUCCACAUUUCUAUGGACUUAUUCACUUUUUUCACAACUCACUGCAAAAUGGCAUCUUUCCAACAAAGGUGAAGGAGAAAUUGCUGAUAACGUCAAGGAAACCUCACUUCAAAAAUUCCAGACUGCUCGGUUUACUGCCUUCCAUCACAUAAGAUCUAAGGACCGCAAUGUUAAAUGUGUGACUUCAGAAUGGAUUUAGUGUUCCUAACGUUCUAACAUUUGGAUAAAAACAUCAACAUCCAGCUUUCUUUCCUGUAAUUUAACGGUUCUGCAGGUGUCCAUGUCAUGUGCUUCCGAUGCGUCCUCACAAACCGAUGUAAAAACUUAAAAGUGUGCAAAAGCUCGGUAGUUGAAAGACACUUGAUAACGACAUUGCUGUUUUUGCAUGUUUGUUUUUAUUUUUAAUAAAUACUCCUUAAAGUGCAA